UGUACCUGUCCUCGCUUCCUCCCCAGCAUCCCCGAGCCUACUCCUUCGACAACGAUGCGCUGUGGAGAUGGCGGCCACCACAGUUCGAAAAGCUCCCUACAAGGACUUCCUUCAGCCAGCUCUGCAUAGGCGCUUCACCUCCACGGCAACUGUUCUAUUGGCCGUCUCUUAUGUGGAGGCCGUCUUUCUGGACAACUGGAACUCCUAUCUCUGGGGCUGGUUCCCUGUCGGCCCUGUCGGCUUGCGAACGGCCUUUAUCUUCACCUGCGGCCUUGCGAUUCUCGUCCUCCGAAUUGCGAACUACCAUGUCGGUCUACGCACCUCCGGCUCCGGCUUCCAGACCUUGAGCACCGCCCUUGUGAAGUUCCAGACGUACGAGACGGCCUUCUGGUAUGGCUUCUCCAGCUUGUUAUUCUGCCACAUCUACCUCUGGUCUGCCCCCGAGGGCACGAACCUGCAGUGGAUCACCUACUUCAGCGGCGAUCGCGCGAGAUUGAACGAGCGGCCGCUGUUCUUUAUGGCCUACCUGGUGUCUUGCGCCCUCUCGCAGACCUUGACGCAUUACAGAAAGGAUGUCGACCGCCUUGUGUUGAGGCUCUCGAGGAGCAAGGAUGAGAACAAGACUGUGGGCUCGGGAGAUUCCUUGAAGCUGGUCAUGCAGCAACUCCCUGCAAUUGCCGGCACUUCUGCUGCGGGUUCGCUGGCGGCAAUCCCGCUCGCGCUCUUCCUCUACUAUACCGUGAUGCGAUCCUUCGCCUGGGGAUGGGCAUUGAUGUUCCUGCGCCCGUUUUACAACCUGCCCAAGACGAACAUGGUCCCCCCUUCCUGGCCAACCGACAUCUUCCUGCUGUACCGCUGCAUCGAGGCGGGCGCCCUGAUCCAUUUUAUCUGGAACGCCGGUAACUUUGCCUUUUCUACUUUCAUGGUCAAGGAACCCCUCAAGAAUGGCAACCCCCUCACCUCGGAGUCCAAGGAUCCCAAUGGCAGUAUUCUCAACGGCCUGAAGAGCAAGAAGCUUUCUAUCAAGUCGUUUGCGUUGUGGGAGCUGGCUUUUAUUGCACAGGGCUUCGAGACCCGCCGACAGGCCAUCUUUGAGGAUAUCGACCGAAAGGAUGGCCCUAUGUGGGCCCAGGUCUAUGCCAUCUGCAUGGAAGUGGUGAAGGCUGUCGAGACCCGCGUCGAUACCUACGGAAAGCCCAUAGCCCCGCCUCCUGCCCAGCCAACCGUUGAGCCUAGGCAGCGCGUAUCUGCUCCUCUUCGUGAGGACCCCAUCUUCACCAGCAAAGCUGCUUCAAAGUCCAUGCGAGGAGAGGUUGAGAAGCGCCUGAGCCAAGUUGCCCGAUCACCAGGCUCAUCGCCAGCCUCAAAACUGAGCCCAUUGGCCAAGAAGACAUUUAAGGAGGCCACGGACCGAGUUCUCACCAAGGAGCAGCAGGAGAUGGUUUCACCGGAACAUCUCAAGAGCCAAUUCGAACAGUGGACAGUUAACCUGAUGAGCAUCGACUCUGUCGCCGCGCUGUUCCAGCAGGACUUCCGGACCCAGUUUGCUGCCGCUGUGCUGGGCACCCCCUACGCGGAGCCAACUCUUCUCAUUAAUGCGGUGCAUGUGCUUUGCCACCUGUCAGUGCACAGUUUGGCUGAGGAUCAAUUUGGAAACGUCCACAGGGAUGUACCCAGCAUUAUCCGGACAUUGACCUCGGUUAUUAAGAAGCUGGAAGCAUUCCGACAGGCAUUCCCCAUCCAUUGGACGGACGUCAAGAGCAAAAGGGAGAGCCCCGAGGUGGAUGAAGUGCUGAAUGCAUUAAGGGCGGGCUUGGGCCAAGUAGUGGCCAAGUUUGAACCCUACAGCAGCGAUCUGAGAUUAACGCUGGCGGAUAUCAGGCUGGCCAAGGAGGCAGCAGCAACUUCGAAGGGCGACGAGUCGAAGGAUUCGGAGAUGGCGCAGGUGCGGUAGCCGUGGUGAAAGGGCAUGUGUCUAGACUGGGGGCCUUGGCGUGGCAAUGAAUGUAUCAUGAUACCAUAUGUAAAACCAGACGAAAAUCUACCUUGGAGGUAGUGACUUUGAGAAAUUCGAAUCUAUUUGGUUAGCAGAGUGUGAUUGGGUUUGAGAUUUGCAAUCUACCGUAUGAGCCUGGUCCUGGGGAGAAUUUUGCGGAGUUGUGAAUUGACCCAGCUGCCUGCUACAUACGGAGCUGAUGGCAUUGUUAUGUGUACUACGGAGUACAGUGUC